AAAAUUUCUACUCGAGUAAGUUUUGUAGUAAAAUAUUUAAUAGAUAUUGUAUACUUUAAAGAGAGAUAACAUAAUGUUACAACCACUAUUUAUAUUAGUAUGCGUUACUUUGGUAACGGUAAAUUGUGGAAUUAUUAAACACCUUAAUCCAGAAAACGAAGAAAAUUCAGUCCAGUUAUUUGAUUCCGUGGACUUUUUGACCAAAUUUGGUUACCUAGCACCAAAAGUCGCUGAUGAUGAAUACAAACAACAUUCAGAAUAUGAGAUUAAGCAAUCCAUUAGAGAUUUCCAGAAGUUUACUGGCUUGGAACAAACAGGAUAUUUAGAUGCUGCAACUGUUACCAAAAUGAAGGCACCACGAUGUGGUUUUCCUGAUAUUAUUAGGAACACAUCAGAACAUUUCGAUCCUACAUCUCCUCAAGCUUUCACUACACUAGGUACUGUAUGGAAGAAGAAAGUGGUCACAUGGAAGCCAGCCUCUUAUACAAGACAGCUAUCUGAAGAGGAACAAAUUUUGGCCAUUCAGAAAGCUCUAGAAUACUGGUCUGAAGUCACGCCAUUAGAAUUUGAGUAUACCGAUGAUACCCCAGAUAUUGAAAUUAAAUUUGCUCAUGGUGAACAUGGUGAUGGUUAUGGUAAUAGAUUUGACGGUCGAGGUGGUACCUUAGCUCAUGCUUUCCGCCCCGGUGACUACCCAAUUAAUGGUGAUACUCAUUUUGACGAGGGCGAGCAAUGGACCUUACAUGGCAAAGAAGGCUCGAAUUUAGUGAUAGUUGCUGCCCAUGAAUUCGGCCAUUCCUUGGGUCUGGGACAUUCGGAGCAGUUCAAAGCGUUGAUGGCACCUUAUUAUAGAUAUGUUGAUGAACUGAAAUUAGACAACGAUGACGUCAGAGCUAUUCAGUCACUUUAUGGUCCACGACCAGGAACUGCAACAAAACCACCAACCUUAAAACCAUCUACUGAACCAACCACUCCAGCCCAGACACCCGACUACUGUGAUAUGAAACUAGAUGCUAUUGAUUUAGGACCAGGAAAUUAUGUAUAUGGUUACAGAAACAACAUGGUGUAUAAAAUGGACGACAAUGGCUUGAUAUCUGGAUAUCCAAAACUGACGAAAUCUGUAUUUCCAGAAGCUCCUAGUAGAAUUAGAGCAGUUGUUUACGAUCCUUCCAGAAGACAAACUUAUAUGUUUAAAGGUGAUAAGAUAUGGCGAUACACAGUCUAUAGAUUAGACAGUGGAUACCCUAAAACAAUAGAUAUGAGUAAAUUUCCAGAAAAACCUCACGCUGCUAUCUGGUAUAAUGAUAAUUAUAUUAAAAACGCAAUGUUCUUAUUCGGGCAUAAAUACUUUUGGGAAUGGGAUCCCAAUACCCAGAUUAUCAAAAGACAGAUGUCUAUAAAUAGAUUCUGGUUGGGAGUACCUGAUGGGUUAGAAGCUGCUUUCCAACACAAUGAUGGCUUUAUUUACUUCUUUAAGGGAAUGAAAUAUAGAAAGUUCAACCCUAACUACAGAACAGUAGUAGAUGGUUACCCAAAAACAUACAGUCCAGCUUGGUUUAAAGGUUUAUGUGGAAACAAGCCUCAUUAAAACAGACUACUUCUGUGAUAGUAUCAACUGCCUCAAUUCCAAAUAUUUUAUUUCUAUUUUUACAUUUUUAAUAAUUAUUCAAAGUUUGUGAUUUUUUUUUGUAUUUAACUGUUUGUUUUUAUUAUUUUGAUUGUUUUACUAAUUCUUAAUUAAUUUUUGCCUUUCCACACAAUUGUAUAUAACCCUUGAGUCGUUGUUGCUGCAGAACUUUGGAAUAAGAUAGUUGGGAGAGGUGCCACACAAUAAACAAAUGAGAAAUUGAAGCUAGUGCUGAUAUACUGCAGCCAUCCUAGGGGUAUCCUGGAGAAAAUAAGGGAAUUAUUAUUUAUGAUAAAAUAAUUCUCCCCCACCCCCUUUGAGUCGCUGCCUCCCUAGAUAUGCCAAAGGAUGUAUAUCACUUUUUAAAUGACUUAGCAUUAUGUAUUAUUUGACAGAGAAGUACAUAUUAUGCAGGGCUGUUUUCUAUCUGUAUUUGUUUGUUUUAUAUAUAUAUAUAUAUAUAUAUAUGUUUGGUAUCUUGUCUUAUGUUCAAGGAAAAAUCAAUUAAAAUUUUUAGUCUUUUUGAAUAUUUUUAUGUGUUAAUCUUGCAAUCAUUUUUAGAAUAGUUUUAUAAUUAAUUUUUGUUUUCAUUAUCUAUUGUUUUUAUUGUACAUAAUAUUUCUGAAAAUCUUCCAAAACCAAACCAAAAACAUCUUCUUCAUUUUUUUAAUUUAUUAAAUAAUUGUUUUUUUUAUUAAU